AUCAAAACCGGUGUAUUUUUCUCCAUAAAAGUUUUAUUUAUAUUUAUAGCUUUUGGUUUAAAAUUUUAAUCAGUUUCGCCAUUUAAAAAAAAUGGGAAUCCGUGGAUUAAAAACAUUUCUGGAGCGUGAAAAACAAACUCGUCCAAUAAACAUUGGUGAUGAGGUGAUCAAAUGGAAAAGAGCAAAUCCUGGCCGAACACCGAUAAUAGUCAUUGAUUUCUUGAGUUUAACAAAUGGAGUGGUAAAAAAGGAUGAAGAUAUCAUUUGUGGUGGACGACAUAAAAUUGCAUUGAAUCGUUGGAAGGAAUUGUUGAAUGCGUUAAAGGGAACUGGAAGUGAGUUGGUGUUUUUUAGUGAUUUAACUAUUCAAGAAGGAAAAAUUGAUGAAUGGCUAUUGAGACGUGAUGAAGAAUUCGAAGUGUACACAGAAGUUUAUGACUUAAUCAGCAGCGGCAUACCAUUGUCAGAAGUCGUGGCCAACCAAACGAAUCGAAAAGCUUUAACAUCAACAUUCUAUGGAAUGGCAAUUAUAGCACAAAAUUAUGGUCAAUUUCAUUAUUCAAUCAGACACGAAUGUGAUUUAGAGAUUGCACAGUAUGCCAAACGUAACGGAGCCUUAGCUGUGAUAUCGAAUGACACGGAUUUUCUCAUAUUUGAUGGUGAAUGGAGAUUUUGGUCGUCUCAAGAUAUAAAAAUCAUUCAUUCAAAUCGACUAAAAACCAUUGAAUUUAAUCGAAACGGAAUCGCUAAUAUUUGUUCACUUGCAACUUAUCAAUUGCCAUUAUUUUCAACAUUAUUAGCAAAUGAUUUUACACACAUCUAUUACAAUCAAUUGGCUCGAUUUUAUUGCACCAUGGGACCAAUGAAAUAUCGAAUUAAAAAUGUUGCACGCUAUGUACGGCGGGUUGGCCAUGUCAAUCUCAAUGAUUCGGACAUCACACAAAUCAUUCAGCAUGUUUUUGGUUACAUUGAUGAUGAUCUUCAACGAGUGUUCAGACAGAGUCUAAACGCAUAUAAUACCGACUUUCCGGCAAUACACAUUGAUGAUCCACUAGAAAAAAAACUGCUUCUAACAAAAAUGUAUAGACCAUAUAUGUCAAACUUGAGCUCUAUUAAUGGUUUUACGCUGCCUUAUUAUGAUAUGCGAGGCUCUGCAACAAAUACCAUCAGUUUUUCAAUGAUGCUCAUCCAUUGGAUUCAACGCAGAAAAGGCAUUUUAAGACAAACGUCAAAGGAAUCACAAACUUUCUUGGUGCUCGCAAAGAAGGAGAUCAAUCAACAUUUCAUGGCACAUUCGGAAGAACCUAUUUAUCCGGAAUUUGCACUGCCCACUUUGAACCAAUUAUAUCUGGACGAUGAGUCGAAUAUUAUUGAAACUAAAUGGAACAUUUUUGGAUGGAUUAUGUCAUUUUCAGACGAUGUGAUUUCUUUGAUCAAAAAUGUACCAAAAGAUUUUCUACUUAUCAUCUGUAUAUUGACGCCAUUGGUGAAGAAUGGGCUAAUCAGUAUCGAAGAAGCUGAUGGAAUUCUUUAUACAGAGAGUAUGGUUUACGCAAAUGUCGCAGCGAAUGUUGAAUAUCCAGCUGUACUUGUACCUAAGUAUGUUCGUGCCGCUCACCUUUAUAACAUCACUUUUGCGCAUGUAAGGAACAAUUUUGCCAUUGCCGGACUUUUAUCGCAUGUUCAGGAAUGUUUGCAGUUUGAUGGUGUGUAUUUUCAGAAAUUGAUGGAAAAUGUUACCAAAAUGAGCUCAGCCGAACGAGAAAUUUUAUUUACUCCUAUAAAAAAGUACAGGAUUUAUACAUAUAUAUAAAACUUACGUUGUUAUCUAUUUUAAUCGAUUGUUUUCGAAAAAUAAAAGGACGAGGUGUUACAUA